AUGCGGCAUCCUGUUGCUAAUAGGAGAACAGCUCCUCUAUCUCUUUAUUUGGCCUCUCAACUAAUGUUUGGUUUGACAUAUGUGUGUGCAAAGCAGCAUCAAUUUUUAUUAGAAGACGCAAAAGCUUUAAUUGUAAGGUUUGGAAAUGUUAAAAAACAAGAAGGAACUACAAUAAAUUUAGAAAAGACACCUGAUAAAUCAAAAGUAACAUUGACACUUAAUAUGGAUAAUGCACCAAUAGAGUUUGGAAAUCUAAAAUUUAUUCAGGAACCAGUUACUCAUUAUUGGGGUGAUUAUUUUGCCAUUUCAACACCAAGGAGUUCUGAAGAAGCCUUAUCAUUUAUCUCGCCUGAACGUGAACGUGAUAUUGAAAUGAUUGAUGAAGCUACUGAAAUGAUGCAUCAAGCUCAUCCUGCUGAUAUAACAAUGCAGGAAUUGCCGGAAGUGUCUGAAGAGCCUUUUCCUGAAGGGAUGCCAGAAGAACCUGUUGAUUUUCUCUCUGAUUUUCGUCCUUUAGAAGAUGCUCCUAUUGAGCAAAUUCAAAGUAUUCCACUUCUUGAAGCACAACAACAGGAAGCACCAACACUAGUUGGUGAGAAUUUAUCUUUUUUAUUGAGUCCUGAAGAUAUUCCUGUUUUGGAGGAAAUACACCAGUCAAGGCAAGGAGCCGAAUCUUCAUCAGGUGGUUUGACAACACAAGCAGCAAGUCCUGUGAUACAACCAAGAAGAAGUACGACAGAUUCUGAAAAUUUUAUUUUGCCACCGGUUCCUAUUCCUGGACAAAGACGUACUAGGAGAAGACAUCUAAUAAUAGAUUCUGCCAUCUCUUUAUCUUCUGAGCAAUUGCGUGCUAAUAUAGCUAGAGCUGAUACUCAAACAGUACCUUCCAAUCUAAGAAGAGUAUCAUUUCUUGAAACACCAGAAUCCAUGUUCAGAAGGCUGUCUAGACAAUUAGUGCCCCUUGGGAUAAGAAAUAGACUGAGACGACUUCAAACCUUACAAUAUCCAGCUGAUUCAUAUCCUUAUGUACUUGGAUUACCUGAUGAAACUUCUUUUCUUGAAGAAGCAGAAAUGCUGCGUGAAGAAGAGGAAGAGCAAGCCCCAGUUGCUGCACCCAUUUCUGACACUUUCCAUUCAGUGGAAAUGCAAAGAGAUGCUACUGCUUCAACUACUGAUCCAUCAGCAUCGGGACUGCUGAGAACAUCGUUGCUUAGAGUUACAGGUCUGUCAAGCAGUGCUUCCUUAGUGGCAAGAGAUGCAAGUGAUUCACUUCAGCCGCCCAUGAUAGAAGAAGAAGAGUAUGUGAUGCCUAUUGCUGAACCUAUUAUGAGAGAUUUAGAAGAAGUUCAUGAAACAAUUGUGCCACCAAUCUGUGAAAUGAGUCCAAUAUCACCUGAAAGAACUCCACCACCAUCUUCUGCAGAAUCUUUAACUCCAGUUUUAGAAGAAACUCAUUUGUUGGUACUUAAAACAUUGGAAAGAAGUGGUGUAUCUGAUUUAACAACUUUUAAUUCCAUUCUACGCAAUGUUUCACUCACAAAAAGGCGUGUGGCCGAGUUGUUUAAUCAUUUACUUCAUCUACAUGCUCGAGGACUGGUUCAUCUUCAACAGCCUGUAGUUGAUGGUGAUAUUUUCAUCAAAAUUUUACCACAAACUUCUACACCUUAAUUAAUACUUGUUUCAGUUCUUCAAGAGGC